AAAGACACCGUUAUCAAUGAUGAAGGAAUAUUGAUGACAAUAAGCCAGCUAUUCUUACAAAUAUUACUAUUUCUUGAACAAGCUAGCAAAAAAUAACCUUUGUUGGACGUUUUUAAUCUUAAUAGUAGUAGUUGUCACUUGUUUCACAAAAGCAAAGGGUUUAAAAUGUCGGAAAUGCGUGUUUUGCAUCAACGGAUAAGCUCUGUCAUCAUGGACAUAUUAGCCUCCGCUGCGGUUACAGAGAUUUGUAAGUUAGUAGAAGAUUGUUGUGGAGCAUUACGUGCAGAAGUCUCUCAAAGCAAGGAACAAAUCAAAAUACUACAGAAGCAACUCAGCCUGGCUGAGUCGAGUUACAGGUCGGUGAGUUGCAAAGAAGGUCAGACGCCUGUCAGCAGCGGCUCACCGAUAAAUAACAAUAUUUCGGGAAAUUCCCCCGCGGCCAAUGAAGAUGAUGCGGACGACACUCACGAUGACGAAGAUUUUCAGCAGUUCAUUGUCUCUGAAGUGGAGUUUCCCCCCGAGCAGCAGGAGUGGAGCCCCAGUCUGGGGAAAGAUGACUGGAACCCCAUACAGAUUAAAGAGGAACAGGAGGAAUUCAGUAUCAUCCAGGAGAAGGAAGACUCUGUAUUCACUCCUGCCUGGGUGAAAAGUGACUAUGAUCAGUACCCAACUCAGUCCUCACAAAUCCAAAGUGAAAAAGACAGAAUGGACUCGACUGAACAUAUCAAAAGAGAACCUAAGGAAGAUGAUUCCUCAGAGACAACCAGUGACUCUCAUCCCCAGUGCAAAUUGAAGAAGACAUGGACAGAAAAAGGACAAAGCUCGAAUGGUAGAAAAUCCAUGGAUCUGAAAUCACCAGUGCAAAGGAGUCACACAGAAGUGCAACCAUUUUGCUGUAGUGAUUGUGGGGAACGUUUCACUCAGAUGGGAAAACUGGAUGCUCAUAGGAAGGUCCACACAGGAGAGAAACCGCAUAGCUGUGGUGAAUGCGGCAAAUGUUUUACUCAAGUUGGGUACCUGAACUAUCACAGAAAGACGCACACAGGGGAGAAACCUCAUCGCUGUCAUGAUUGUGGCAAAUGUUUCUUUCGAGUUGGUGAUCUGACGCUUCAUAUGAGGAUUCACACAGGGGAAAAACCGCUUUGCUGCCAGGUCUGUGGCAAAUGUUUUGCUCGUCCUAGUAAUCUGAGGUCUCACAUUAGGAUUCACACAGAGAAAUCUUAUAGCUGUCAUUAUUGUGGCAAAUAUUUUCGUCAUAAAGGUAAUCUGACAGCGCAUAUGAGGAUUCACACGAGGAAAAUCACAUCAUUGUCCCUAUAGUAGCAGAUCUUUCACCACUGGCGAUAAUCAGUGAUUUAAAGUAUAUUGCAGUCAGGAUUGUUGUAAAUGUUUCACUAAUUGUUAGAAUAUGAGGAGACCGAGGGGAGGAACCACAUGCUACCAUGACUGGCAAAUAUUUCAUAAUCUUAGGUCUUCUGAGAGCUCUUUUGUUUGAGACAUGGUUCACAUCAGGCAAUGCUUCAUGUGAAUAGCAAAUUCACAUUUUGGGAUUGUUUUUUUUAUAUUGCAGGGCAGCUCUUACCAACAUCUCCAAUCUCGUCUCAUUGAUUGAACACCAGGUUAGCUGAGUCCUGACUCCAAUUAGCUUUUGGAGAAGUCAUUAGCCUAGGGGUUCACCUACUUUUCCCAACCUAUACCGUGUAUGUUUAGAAUAAUGUAUUCAAUAUAGACAAGAAAAAUACAAUUUGUUAUUAGUUUAAGCACACUGUGUUUGUCUAUUGUUGUGACUUAGAGGAAGAUCAGAUCACAUUUAUUUUGACCAAUUUAUGUGGAAAUCCAGGUAAUUCCAAAGGGUUCACAUACUUUUUCUUGCAACUGUAUUCCUCUGGCAGAUACACACCCCUUUUAAACUAUUCAGGGUCAAAGAUAGAUCCAACCCUUGGCUUUCAUCUUAGCUCAUUCAGAUUAGAAGUCAGGCCUGGGCCAAUUCAAGGAAAACUGACUCUGGCAAUUUUUCAGACAAUUGAGAAACAGAUGUACUAUUUUUGAUUAAGAAAGCUAAAUCGAGCUAUUUUUUUAUGCUCUGCUGGUGAUUCUUCAAAAUUUGGGAAAACAGUCAAUGUGCUGAAGUGUACAAAUUCCUCCUCUUCCGUGCCUAAGCAAGUUCUGUCUGACUCUGGCAUCAUAACUGAGAAGAAUGGCAUCAUAACUGAGAAGAAUGGCAUCAUAACUGAGAAGAAUGGCAUCAUAACUGAGAAGAAUGGGAUCAUAACUGAGAAGAAUGGCAUCAUAACUGAGAAGAAUGGCAUCAUAACUGAGAAGAAUGGCAUCAUAACUGAGAAGAAUGGCAUCAUAACUGAGAAGAAUGGCAUCAUAACUGAGAAGAAUGGCAUCAUAACUGAGAAGAAUGGCAUCAUAACUGAGAAGAAUGGCAUCAUAACUGAGAAGAAUGGGAUCAUAACUGAGAAGAAUGUGAUAAAUGAUGCUUUUAAUCAUUAUUUCAUCCCGGCAGGCUUUUUAUUUGAGAAAAACUGGUUUAAUUGACCAUGGUCAGUCAAUCAACUGCAUUUCCCUCUGCCAGCCUCUAGCUGACACGACGGUUAACCUGUCAACUUCUAAUGAAUCUUUUGUUUUCAUUUCAACAAUUUACUAUCUGUGAUGUGCUCGAUGCCUUUUCUUAAGAUUGAUGUUAAAAAAAAUCCCCUGUGGCUGAUAUUCCUGAUACAUGUUUGCCACAGCUCACUGCCUCCCUGAUUUCUGUAUUAUUAACACAUAUUUUUAACCUGACGAUUAUAUAUCUGGUACUACCCCUAAAGUUUGGAAGGCGGCCCAUGUACUCCCCCUUCACAAAGUGGUGACCCUUGUGACCUAAAUACUUAUUGGCCUAUUUCUAAACUUUCUUGCCUUGCUAAAAUAUUAGAAUCCUUGAUUUAAUUCUGUACAUCAGAAUUAAUCAGUCUGGUUUUAGACCAGGUCAAAGCACUAUCUCUGCUCCAUCCCUAGUUAUACAUGUGGUUAGCUGUAUAGAUGAAAGGCAACAUCGUGCUGCCCUCUUCAUUAACCUGUCAAAGGCUUUCAAUACUGUUAAUCACUCACUGCUAAUUCAGAGGCUUUCAAUUGGCCUAGACCAGGCUGCAUGUAACUGGUUUAAAAAUUACUUGACAGAUAUAACUCAAUGUAUAUCUCCUGAUGGUGUUAAAUCAGGUUUUCUGGAUAUUAGGAAAGGUGUUCUUCGGGUCUAUUCUGGGUCCUGUACUUUUUACAUUAACAAUAUCACCUUAUCUGUAAGAUAUUGUAACCUGCACUUGUAUGCCAAUGAUACUGUUGUGUAUGUUAUUGCCCCCACGGUUGACCAGGCUCUAUCUGAACUUCAGUCUGCCUUCAUUGUAUUACAGAAAAACUUUAUUGACCUAAAAUUAGUACUGAAAACUAAGUAUUAUGUUGUUCUCUAGAGCGCAUAAAAAUAAGUCUGAUGUUAAGCAUA